AUGGCCGGCGCGUCGGAGGCCGCUUCGCUCCGCGUCUCCGCUUCGGUGGGGAGCAACGCCGGCAUGCACCACGGCACCGCGACGCCGCAGGGGCUGACGGCGGGCCGCGGGCGCCGCGCGCGCGACGCGCUCGUGUUCGUGGCCGGCGUCGCGGCGGCACUGCUCGCGCUCGUUGGCAUGGCGUCGGUCCUCGACCCCGGCGGGCGCGGUGGCCUGGUCACCCUGGCGGUCCGCGUGCCCGGCCGGGAGGACGGGCCGCGCACGUUCUACGACGACCCGGAGCUGUCGUACGCCGUGGCGUCGGGCCGGCGCCUCACCGGGUAG